AUGCCACCAAAAAGUGGUUCUCAAAAAAGAAAAGAACGAGCUCAAAAAGAUGCUGAGUUGAAAAAAUUACGAGGUUCUUUUGACAGAUUUCUACCCAACAAAAAUGUAACUUCUUCAAGUGUGUUGAUUGCAUUGGAAAAUGGUGGCCAAGAAAAUAUUGGUGAAAUUUUACAAACUGAAAAUAGUGAAAAUACUAUUGGUCAUUUGUGUAAUUCAGAUGAUUCAGCUUGUCCAACUGAAAAAGUAAUUGACAACAGCUCUAUGCUUGUUAAAUCUACUGCAACUUCUGCGAGUGAGAUAACCGCGUUGGAAAGUAGUGUUCAAGAAAAUAUAAAUGAAAUUUUACAAACUGAAAAUACUAUUGGUCAUUUGUGUAAUUCAAAUGAUUCAGCUUGUCCAGAAUUAAAUUUAAAAAAUGAUUACCCAACUGAUCGAUACCAUUUUGAUGAGAAUAUCAAAGACAGUAAUCUAAAGAGACUUAUCUUAGCAUAUAGUUCUUGCCGACCAACAAUUCAAUUUCCAUAUACUGAACAUGAAAAUGGCAAAUCAUAUCGUUUUUCUAAACACUAUUAUUUUAUGAAAUUGAAAUCUGGAUUAAGUGUCCCAAGGAAAUGGCUGUGUUAUUCAGUAGGUUUAGAUGUAGUGUAUUGUGAGACAUGUUGGCUAUUUGCGAAUCGUGGUUAUUCAUAUUUUAAUCCAUCCUGGGUUAAUGGAGUUAAUAACUGGCAUUGUCUCUCAGCUAAGAUAGAUUUACAUGAAAAAUCAAUACAACAUAUUGAUGCUAUUAAAGUACGUUGUAUUUGGGAAAAAAAUGAGACUAUUGAUAAAUUAACUGAGCAACAAUACUCAAAUGAAGCAGCUUAUUGGAGAAAUGUUCUUAAAAGAAUCAUAAAAAUUAUUCUCUUUUUAACAUCUGGCAAUACAGCAUUAAGAGGACAUGAACAUAAAGGCAAAUUUAAUGAACAUGAAUAUAUAAAUGAAGGUAUAUAA